GGCUGUCAUGGAACUCCCUCUGUAGACCAAGCUGGCCUCAAACUCAAGAGAUCCACCUGCUUCUGCUUCCUAUUAGGAUUAAAGGUGUGCACAGCCCCCAGCUGGUUGUCAUAAGAUUUUAAUGGGAAGCCACCCCAAUGUCUCACACCUGUAACCGCAGCACUUGGGAGGCUGAGGCAGGAGGAUGACUGUGAGUGUAAGGUUGCCCUGGGCUCCACAGUGAGUUCUUGCACAGCCAGGACUACAGUAAGACACUGUAAAAGGAAGAGAGUUUUUACUCCCCAAAAGUCCUUAGAAAGGAAAGAACUCUAAAAUUUAAAUAAGUCUUCCAUGGACACACCUCACAACUUUCCUCUUUCCCCACCCCCUGAAACUUCAUCUUAUCGUCUUCCCGUCCCCAUGCACGGACCCUCCCUUCUCUCUUCUACACCAGUUUCCUCCUCCCCUCACUUCCUUCCAGCCUGAGUCUUUUUUUUUUUUUGCUUGUUUUUGAGACACAGUCUUGUGUGUAGCCCAGGCUGCUCUCAAACGCUCUCUAUAGCUAGGGCUGACCUUGAACUCCUGACUCUCUUGUUUCCACCAUCAGUGUGCUGAGAUGAUGGACAGGCACUGUGCCCAGUUUAGGCAUCUCUGAGGACAGGACCCUGGGGGCCUUGAGCACUAAGCAUCCCAGACAGCAUCCCUGCCCCCCUUUUUAGGACAGGGUCUCACUAUGUAGCCCUGGCUGGCCUGGGAUUCACAGAGAUCCACCUUCCUCGCUCCCCACCUCAUUGCAACCCUCCUGUGGUGGGAUUAGAGAUCCUCAUCUUGGUCCUGCCCUCCGUGAUCAAGGCCUGGACUAUCCCAGCGGACCUCUCACUGGUCCUGCUGCCCUGUUUCCAUCUCCCUCCCACGGACACAAGAACCCCACUGCUUCAGUCAGAGCAGGCGCCUCCUGAGGCCUCCCUAUGGCCCUUAAAGAGGAUUCCAUGCAGAAACCAAGUCUAGAGAUGACAAAUGAGGAAACUGAGGACCAGAGAGACUGAGUUACUCGACUGAGGCAACACAGGACAGGGCAGGACCCCAGAUCUGUUUGGCUGCUGUCCUCCAACGGCACCUCAAUGCUCUCUCGUCAGGAUGGGGUUCUCCCGGCUGAAGGCUGGCAGCUUCUUAAAGAUGCCGUCAUUGCACCUGCUCCUCUUCACAUCCAAUACCUUCUCUAUAAUUGAGGGUGACGCUUUCAUCGGCCUGUCCUACCUGCAGUACCUCUUCAUUGAGGACAACAAGAUCGGCUCCAUCUCCAAGAACGCCCUGAGGGGACUUCGCUCACUCACCCACCUAAGCCUGGCUAACAACCACCUUGAGGCUCUACCCAGAUUCCUGUUCCGAGGCUUGGAGACUCUGACUCAUGUGGACCUCCGUGGUAACCCGUUCCAGUGCGACUGCCGAGUACUUUGGUUGCUACAGUGGAUGCCUACGGUGAAUGCCAGUGUGGGCACGGGGGCCUGUGCGGGCCCCCCUACCCUUGCUCAAAUACAACUGAAUCACCUUGACCCUAAGAAGUUCAAGUGUAGAGCCACAGAACUGUCCUGGCUCCAGACUGUUGGGGAGUCGGCACUGAGCGUGGAGUCCUUCUCCUAUCAGGGGGAACCUCACAUGGUCCUGGCCCAGCCCUUCGCAGGCCGUUGCCUGAUUCUGGUGUGGGACUACAGCCUGCAGCGCUUCAGGCCUGAGGAAGAGCUGUCCGCGCCCUCAGUGGUGUCCUGCAAGCCUCUGGUGUUGGGCCCACGCCUCUUCAUACUGGCUGCCCGCCUAUGGGGAGGCUCACAGCUGUGGUCGCGGUCCAGCCCCGACCUGCGUCUGACCCCUGUGCAGGUCCUAGCCCCUCAACGGCUGUUGCGACCCAAUGAUGCUGAGCUCCUGUGGCUGGACGGGCAGCCCUGCUUCGUGGUGGCUGAUGCCUCCAAGGCUGGCAGCACCACACUGCUGUGUCGUGAUGGGCCGGGCUUCUACCCGCGCCAGAGCCUGCAUGCAUGGCACCGGGACACCGAUGCAGAGGCCCUGGAGCUGGAUGGCCGACCACAUCUGUUGCUUGCUUCGGCCUCCCAGAGGCCUGUGCUCUUUCACUGGUUUGGUGGCCGCUUCGAGAGGCGCACAGACAUCCCAGAGGCAGAGGACGUCUACGCCACAAAACACUUUCAGGCUGGAGGAGACGUGUUCCUGUGCCUGACGCGAUACAUUGGGGACUCCAUGGUCAUGCGCUGGGAUGGCUCUAUGUUCCGUCUGUUACAGCAACUUCCAUCCCGAGGGUCCCACGUCUUCCAGCCACUACGAAUUGCCAGCGACCAGUUGGCCAUCCUGGGCAGCGACUUCGCCUUCAGCCAAGUCUUCCGCUUUGAGCCCGAUAAAGGAAUCCUGGAGCCACUGCAGGAGCUGGGCCCACCGGCCUUGGUGGCCCCCAGAGCCUUUGCCCAAGUCACCGUAGCAGGAAGACGCUUUCUAUUCGCAGCGUGCUUCAAGGGCCCCACGCAGAUCUACCAGCACCAUGAGUUGGAUCUCAGUGCCUGAGAAACACCCUGGAAGUGGUUGUGGGGCUGGCAAGGACAUCCUGGGAUAUCUGGGUAACCUCUCCAGCCUGGCCUCCAGUCCUGUGUGAUGCAGACCUCUAGCCAAGUGCAUCAUCAGCCUGGGUUAGGCUUAGCCCACCUUUUGGAGCAUUUGUACCGUAGGGGUAAGUGGGAGGUCUCUUUACUCCCAACUAUGUUUAGGGUCCCUCCAGUCUGAAGCCACAUUUUGACUAAGGACAGAUGCUCCCUUAGACAACUUCUUGGGAGUUCAGCCUGGAACACAGCUUAGAGCUGGGACACAGAAACCAAACGGGCAAACUGCUGGGCUCCAAGUGGUCUGGACAUCCGCCCUCAAUGUCCCCUUGGUCCUGUUCCAUAUAAAGUACCGAGAGAGAGAGCACUCCUUUCCACUCAAACCUAAUCUUGCUAUUGGCCUUCGUGGAGGAGUAUGCGUCUCUGUGUCGUGUCGGCACAAUUACUGGGCAGUUUCUUGGCCUGAUACUUUGCUGCCUGUACGCAUGUCUGCUUCCAAAGGCUGAUUGCUUCUACGCAUGCACAGUAAAAGUGAUGCGGCAAAGAUGAGUUUAGAGGCAUCACAGACAUCACUCGGUACCCCUUUUCAGAAUGUGACAGGGGCAAGAACAGAGAGUGUAUGUGUUCAAUAAACGCCCUGAGCACCGACCUUGCCCACUCUGUGGGCUCAAGACGGGAGCCUCUUGUUGAGGCCGGUGAUGUCUCUGGGUGGGACCUUGGGCAGGAAUUUUGAAAUGUUUUAGGCAUUUUCUGGGGUGGCACAUGGGAGUCAUUCUGGAGGUCCUGAUGGAUACUGAGGAGUCUCAAAAGAGCUAGGGGUCAGUGGAGGGUCUCACACUGUGUGGCCACUGUGGAUGAUCAGUGGUGUCCUGGGAAAUUACAGGUCUCACAGGGACAGCUGGUGAAUGGAAAGGUCUUGUGAUAAAGUGGGAUCCUCUCAACAUGAAUGAGGAGACCACUGCAGGGGUUUGGGGGGAGGCAGCUAAAGUAUCAGUGUGGCCUCAACACGGUGUGAUGAGCCAAUUAUAUAGUUAUUCUCAAUGUCAACCAGUGCACCCAUAACACAUGCUAUUCGGGCUCUUUUUCACUCCUGGAAGUGUCCCUAGUUUGCCAUGAGAACUUAAGUGGCACAGGAGGCUGCCCAUGGAUGGAAAGGGCAAAUUCCACGCCCACCAUAAGGCCAUCCCGUGCAGGUCCACCCCAGCAUCUGCCCACCUCUUCGCUGCUGACAGCAGCACUCCAAGCUCCAUACAGAGUCUCUGGCACACCUGAACAUGGUGUAAAAUCAUUUUAUAUUAAAAACUGAACAAAGAGCCCGCUACCACAAGGGGUGAGAUGAGGCUCAGGGAAGGCAGUGUCAGGAGAGGAGGGGACCAACCAUCUCAGAGUUCAAGCCCACCUCCAGAGCCAGGACCUGUGCUCUUUUAACUGGUCCAUCUUCAGCAGUUGUGAGCAGAGCCUGGUAGAGGGAAUGGAGUCAGUUUGCAAGAGCCUCCCCCGUUCCUUCUCCCCGAUUCAGGCACGUUCCCACUCCGACUUCCACUUGUGACCGUUACCCCCAUAUGCACCCCCAACCAUCCUAAGUGUCAUACCUGGUGUGAUGAGUGGUGGCCCAUCUCCUGGACGGUGACUAAGGAAAUAAAUGAGAUAAUGUCCAAAUAAAUCCUCCUCGGUCUAUCCUCUCCCUUAG